CAAAAAAAAGUAAAAACAUUAUUGUUUUGCUUGUUUACAUGAGUGCCACGUAUGAAUAAGUCAAUCAUUGACAACCAGACAAUCAAUAAAAAAGGAGAGAAAGCAAAGAAACCACCACAAAGAUAAUUUUGGAUAAUUUGAACAGACAGAGACUUGCCACCCAAGUUUGUUUCCUACAAUGGCACUCCCGUGAUUUUGUGGAUAGGUCAAGGUCAUUUCCGUCUACAAAAUUCAAUUCUAUUCAAACCUAACCGCAGCCAUCCAAACGCCAUUGCCGUAUAUAAAAUCUUGCAGAGAAAUAACAGAGGAGAGGAGAGGAGAGAGAAAUCAUAAUUACAAUUUUUUUUUUUUUGAAAAAAAAAAUAAUGGGUCAGCUUCCAGUAAUACGCAAUUUCUCUCUCUUCUUCUUCUUCUUCGUCUCUUUCUUCUGCGCGGCCUCCUCCUUCAACCUCUCCGUCAUCUCGUUUGAUCAGGGCUACACCCACCUUUUCGGGGAAGGCAACCUCGUCCGCUCCUCCGACGGCAGAAGCGUCCGCCUCCUCCUCGACCGUUACACCGGGUCUGGUUUUAUAUCGGCCAACCUGUACAACCACGGAUUCUUCAGCGCGAACAUCAAGCUGCCGUCGGAGUACACGGCCGGCGUGGUGGUAGCUUUCUAUACAUCGAAUGGAGACGUGUUCGAGAAGACGCACGAUGAACUGGACUUUGAGUUCUUGGGGAACGUAAAAGGGAAGCCAUGGAGGUUUCAGACGAACGUGUACGGAAAUGGGAGCACAAGCCGUGGAAGGGAAGAGAGGUAUCGGCUUUGGUUCGAUCCAAGCAAGGAGUUUCAUAGAUAUAGCAUUCUCUGGACGGCCAAGAACAUCAUAUUUUAUGUUGAUGAAGUUCCCAUAAGAGAGGUGAUUCGCAACGAGGCGAUGGGUGGCGACUACCCAUCAAAGCCAAUGGCAUUGUACGCGACCAUAUGGGAUGCCUCCAACUGGGCCACUUCAGGUGGCAAAUACAAAGUGGACUACAACUACGCGCCCUUCGUCUCUGAAUUCUCCGAUUUCGUGCUCGAUGGCUGCCCUGCUGAUCCACUUCAGCUAGCAUCCGCCGGCGGCUGCUCCGACAAGGACGCUGAGCUCGAGAGCAAUGACUAUUCCGCCAUCACCCCACUUCGUCGCAUCUCCAUGCGCAAGUUCCGCCAAAAGUACAUGUACUAUUCCUACUGCUACGACACCCUGCGCUACGCUACUCCCCUACCGGAGUGUGUCAUCAUCCCUUCCGAGAAACGUCGGUUCAAGGACACUGGGCGCUUGAAGUUUGGAGGCAGCCACAAGAAGAGCUCCAAGCGGAGGUCCCGGGUGCCGGUUGCCACCACCACCUCAGACCGCCAGGCUGCUGCAUAAAUACGAGUCAUUCCAUUUGUCAUCAAAAUUCAGAUGCUAUGGUGGUGUUGGUUUCUUAUUUUUAUUUUUAUUUUUCAUUUUUCAUAUUUGUUUAUAUAAAGAAAGAGUAUAUGAAUUAAAUAUCUAAACUUGAUUGUUGGUUGAUUAAAUUAUAUUAUAAAGUAUUAAUUUUUGUUCUAGUAA